AUGGCAGAAUGGGAUGAACCAAUAAGAAAAAAAGGAUUUAUUCUUAAUUUUCAAACAAAAAAGCUUCAGGAAGUUCACGAUAAGCACAUUAUUGAAGCACCAAGAUCAGUCGAUUGCUAUGAAAAGCUUAAUACUCUUGGACAGGGAACAUACGGGAUUGUUUAUAGAGUACGUGAUAAAUUGACAAGCAAAGAAUAUGCAUUGAAGAAAGUUAAAGUAGAUAAAGAUUUAUUCAGAGAUGGUUUUCCAGUCAGUUGCUUACGUGAAAUAUCCAUUUUAAAGACCUGCUGUCAUCCAAAUGUUGUCAAACUGAAAGAAGUAGUAGUUGGAAAGGAACUAGAGAAAAUUUAUCUAGUCAUGGAAUACUGUGAGCAGGAUUUAGCUAGCUUACUCGAUAAUCUGGAAAAGCCAUUUACAGAAUCUGAAGUUAAAUGCAUAAUCAUUCAGCUCCUUCGUGGUCUUCAAUAUCUACAUGACAAUUUCAUAAUCCAUCGUGACAUAAAAGUAAGUAAUUUAUUAUUAACAGACGAAGGAUGUCUUAAGAUUGCUGAUUUUGGACUUGCUCGAACGUUUGCUGUUCCUUCAAAAUCCAUGACUCCUAAUUUGGUCACAUUAUGGUAUAGACCUCCAGAAUUACUCUUAGGAUCAACUCAUCACACGACUGCGGUUGAUAUGUGGGCUGCUGGAUGUAUAUUGGGAGAACUGUUAUUGAAUAAGCCAUUACUUCCAGGAAAAGGAGAAAUAGCACAGUUGGAGUUAAUAAUUGAAUUGCUUGGAACUCCAUCAGAAAACAUUUGGCCAGGAUUCUCACAACUUCCAGCAAUACAAAACUUCACAUUAAGAGCUCAGCCAUACAACAAUCUGAAGACUAAAUUUCCAACUUUGUCACAAGCUGGAUUAAGACUCCUUAACUUUUUAUUUAUGUACGAUCCAAAGAAGAGAGCAACUGCUUUGGAAAGUCUCGAGUCAAAUUAUUUUAAAGAACCACCACUACCUUGUAAUCCUACAUUUAUUCCAUCAUUUCCUCAGCAUAGAAAUUUUAAAAAUGCUCCAUCUUCGUCGUCAUCUAAGAAUGAGCAUAGCAGUCGAAGCUCAUCAAAGCAUAAAAUAUCUGAAAUGCUUGAAAAUUUAAAAAGGAAACGAUUCGAUUAA